AUGUUACAGACAUCUCGGGAUGACGUUGCACCCUAUUUUAAGACGGAGCCUGGCCUGCCUCAGAUCCACCUGGAGGGGAACCGCCUUGUUCUCACUUGUCUUGCUGAAGGGAGCUGGCCUUUGGAAUUCCAGUGGAUGCAUAAUGACAGGGAACUCACCACCUACACCAGCGAAUACAAGUAUAUCAUCCCAUCUCUACAGAGACUUGAUGCUGGCUUUUACCGCUGCAUGGUACGGAACAGGAUGGGAGCCCUCUUGCGAAGAAAAUCAGAAGUCCAAGUCGCAUACAUGGGCAGUUUCGUGGAGACGGAUGAGAGGAAGAUGGUAUCUGAAGGGCACGCUGCUGUUUUAAGCCUACCGAGUAUCACCAGCUUCCCAAGACCCCAGGUGACCUGGUUUCGAGGAGGACACAAAAUCAUUCCAAGCAACAGGAUAGCCAUCACUCUGGGGAACCAGCUGGUGAUCCUGGCUGCGGGGCCUGCCGAUGCUGGUGCGUACUACGUCCAGGCUGUUAACGAGAGGAACGGGGAGAACAAGACAAGUCCCUUCAUCCACCUGCUCAUAGCGAGAACUGCGGGCACCCCAGAAACUGUGGACCCCGUCAUAGUGAUUCCUCCAGGCAACAGGACUGUGGUGGCUGGGACCAGUGAAGUCACCCUGGAAUGCAUAGCCAAUGCCAGACCCGUGGAAGAGCUGAGUGUGUCCUGGAAGAGAAACGGGGUGAGAGUCAGCAGUGGGCUGCACAACUUCGGCCGGCACCUCACCAUCAGCAACCCGACAUCCGCCGACACCGGGAUGUACGUCUGCGAGGCGGCAAUGAAGGGGAGCCCCUUGGAACCAGUCAGAGCCAAAGCCUUCCUCUCCAUCAUAGAGCCACCCUAUUUUACUGCUGAGCCCGAGAGUCGAAUUUUAGCAGAAGUGGAGGAAAGUGUGGACAUUGUUUGUCGAGCAAUGGGGGUACCCCUGCCCACCCUCCAGUGGUACAAGGAUGCUGUCUCCAUUGGAAGGCUCCAGAACCCGCGCUACAAAGUACUCUCAAGUGGGGGCCUGCGCAUUCAGAAGCUGCAUCCAGAAGAUUCUGGAAUCUUCCAGUGCUUCGCCAGUAACGAAGGCGGGGAGAUCCAGACCCAUACCUACCUGGAUGUCACCAAUAUCGCCCCGACAUUCACUCAGCGCCCAGAAGACACAACAGUCACAGAUGGAACCACGGCCAUCCUCACGUGUGUGGUGUCUGGGGCACCCAAACCAGCCAUCACUUGGAAGACAGGGACACGGAUUUUGGCCAGUGGCUCCGUUCGGAUCCCGAGAUUCAUGCUUCUGGAGUCUGGGGGUCUGCAGAUAAGCCCUGUCAUUGCUCAGGAUGCCGGCAAUUACACCUGUUAUGCCACCAACACAGAAGGCUCCCUGAAUGCUUCUGCCAGACUCACCGUGUGGAAUCGUACGCUCAUCAUCAGCCCUCCGGAGGAUGGGGUGGUGAUUAAAGGGACCACUGCCACGCUGCGCUGUGGAGCCACGCACGACCCUAGGAUUUCCAUCAGCUACGUUUGGAAGAAGGACAAUGUAAUGAUCAGCCCUUCCAGUGGUUCUAGAAUUGUGGUGGAGAAAGAUGGCUCACUCCUCAUCAGUCAGACAUGGUCCGGAGACAUCGGGGACUACACCUGUGAGAUUGUUUCUCCAGGUGGAAACGACUCCCGCACAGCCCGGCUGGAAGUCAUUGAGCUGCCUCACUCACCCCAGAACCUUCUGGCCAGCCUAAACACAUCCCACAGCCAUGCUGUGAUGCUGUCUUGGGUGCGGCCCUUCGAUGGAAAUAGCCCCGUCCUGUACUACAUCGUGGAGGUCUCGGAAAACAACUCACCGUGGAAAGUCCACCUGUCGAAUGUUAGCCCUGAGAUGACAGGGGUCACCGUGAGUGGCCUGACCCCCGCACGCACCUACCAGUUCCGGGUGUGCGCAGUGAACCAAGUGGGCAAGGGCCAAUACAGUGUGGAGACAAGCAGGUUGAUGUUACCAGAAGAACCACCCAGUGCUCCUCCGAAAAAUAUAGUGGCCAGUGGGCGUACCAACCAGUCCAUCAUGGUCCAGUGGCAGCCACCCCCGGAGACGGAGCAUAAUGGAGUCCUACAUGGGUACAUCCUCAGGUACCGCUUGGCUGGCCUGCCUGGGGAGUACCAGCAGAGGAGGAUCAGCAGCCCGGAGGUGAACUACUGCCUGGUAACUGAUCUGAUUAUCUGGACACAGUAUGAAAUCCAGGUGGCAGCUUACAAUGGUGCUGGCCUGGGUGUGUUCAGCAGAGCUGUGACCGAGUAUACCUUACAGGGAGUGCCCACCGCGCCCCCUCAGAAUGUGCAGACAGAAGCAGUAAGCCCCACAACAGUCCGCUUCCUGUGGACCCCUCCACCACAGCAGUUUAUCAACGGCAUCAAUCAGGGAUAUAAGCUUCUAGCCUGGUCAGUGGACGUCCCCGAGGCUCUCACUGUGGUAACCAUCGCUCCAGAUUUCCAUGGUGUCCACCACGGCUACAUCACCAACCUGAAGAAGUUCACCGCGUACUUCACAUCCGUUCUGUGUUUCACCACCCCAGGGGACGGGCCUCCAAGUACGCCUCAGCUCAUCUGGACUCAUGAAGAUAGACCUGGUGCUGUGGGCCACCUGAGCUUCACUGAGAUCCUGGACACAUCCUUGAAGGUCAGCUGGCAGGAACCCCUGGAGAAAAAUGGCCUCAUCACAGGAUAUCAGAUCUCCUGGGAGGUCUAUGGGAAGAACGACUCCCGCCUCACACAUACUCUGAACAGCACGACUCACGAAUACAAAAUCACAGGGCUGUCUUCACUCACCACCUACACCAUCGAAGUGGUGGCCGUCACCUCAGUGGGGGCCGGACUGGCGACCUCGUCCACCAUCUCCUCUGGCGUCCCCCCAGAACUGCCAGGUGCUCCAUCUAAUCUGGUCAUCUCCAACAUCAGCCCUCGCUCUGCCACACUCCAGUUCCGACCUGGUUACGACGGGAAGACAGCCAUCUCCAAGUGGAUCGUGGAGGGUCAGGUCGGGGCCAUUGGUGACGAGGAAGAGUGGGUCAUCCUGUAUGAGGAGGAGAAUGAACCUGAUGCCCAGAUGCUGGAGAUCCCAAACCUCACACCCUACACUCAGUACAGAUUUCGGAUGAGGCAGGUGAACAUCGUUGGCCCGAGCCCUUUUAGCCAAUCGUCCAGGGUCAUCCAGACCCUACAGGCCCCUCCUGAUGUGGCUCCAACCAGCAUCACCGUCCGCACAGCGAGCGAGACCAGUCUGUGGCUGCGCUGGGUGCCCCUGCCCGACUCCCAGUAUAACGGGAACCCCGAGUCAGUGGGCUACAGGGUCAAGUACUGGCGUGCAGACCUGCAGACUCAGGUGCUGACUCAAGUCAUUAGUGACCGGCUGGAGCGGGAGCUCACCAUCGAGGAACUGGAGGAGUGGACGGAAUACGAGCUGCAGAUGCAAGUGUUCAACGCCAUUGGGGCUGGACCGUGGAGUGAGGUGGUGCGAGGACGCACACGGGAAUCAGUGCCAUCAGCCGCCCCCGGGAAUGUGUCAGCCGAAGCCGUCAGCUCUACACAGAUCCUUCUGACCUGGACUUCCGUGCCUGAACAGGACCAGAAUGGACUCAUAUUGGGCUACAAGAUUCUGUUCCGAGCCAAGGACCUGGACCCGGAGCCCAGGAGUCACGUUGUGCGGGGGAACCACACACAGUCGGCCUUGCUGGCUGGGCUGCGCAAGUUUGUGGUCUAUGAGCUCCAGAUAUUGGCCUUCACCCGCAUUGGGAACGGGGUGCCCAGCUUGCCGCUCGUCCUGGAGCGCACCAAGGAUGAUGCCCCAGGCCCACCGGUGAGACUGGUCUUCCCGGAAGUGCGGUUGACAUCGGUGCGCAUCGUGUGGCAGCCCCCGGAAGAGCCCAAUGGCGUGAUUCUGGGCUACCAGAUUGCCUACCGCCUGGCCACCAGCAGCCCCAACACCUUCACCACAGUGGAGGUCGGCGCUACCCUGCGGCAGUUCACAGCCACCCAGCUGACCCCUGAGUCGGCCUACAUCUUCCGGCUGUCGGCCAAGACGAGGCAGGGCUGGGGGGCACCUCUGGAAGCCACUGUCAUCACCACCGAGAAGAGAGAGCGGCCAGCACCUCCAUGUGAUCUCCAGGUCCCUCAGGCUGAAGUGACUGCCCGCAGCCUCCGCCUCCAGUGGACCCCCGGCAGUGAUGGUGCCUCCCCCAUCCGCUACCUCACUGUGCAGGUGCGAGAGCUGCCCACCGGAGAGUGGCAGACCUACUCCUCAUCUGUCAGCCACGAGGCCACUGCCUGUGUAGUCGAAAGGCUGAGGCCUUUCACCUCCUACAAACUACGCCUGAAAGCCACCAAUGACAUCGGAGACAGCGACUUCAGUGUAGAGACCGAGGCAGUGACCACACUGCAGGACGUUCCAGGAGAACCCCCCAGCUCUGUCUCGGUGACCCCGCAUACCACCUCCUCCAUCCUGAUCCAGUGGCAGCCCCCUCGGGAUGAGAGUCUGAAUGGCCUCCUUGUGGGGUACCGAGUCUACUACAGGGAACUAGAGUCUGAGGCAGGACCCGGAACCGAGGUGAAGACAGUACUGAAGAACCCUUUGGCCCUCAGAGCCGAGCUUACAGCCGACAGCAGCUUCAAGACCAUCAACAGCAGCUCCGCUUUUACCACGUACGAGUUAACCAAUCUGAAGAAAUACAGACGCUAUGAGGUGAUCCUGACCGCCUACAACAUCAUAGGCGAGAGCCCGGCCAGCGCGCCUGUGGAGGUCUUCGUGGGUGAGGCCGCCCCAGCGAUGCCGCCCCAGAGUGUGCGUGUGAAUCCCCUCACGGCCAGCCAGCUGGAGGUCACGUGGGACCCGCCACCCCCAGAGAGCCAGAAUGGGAACAUCCAAGGCUACAAGAUCUAUUACUGGGAGGCUGGAAGCCAGAAUGAGACAGAGAAGAUGAAAGUCCUCUUCCUCCCCGAGACCACGGUGAAGCUCAAGAACCUGACCAGCCACACCAAGUACCUGGUCAGCAUAUCUGCCUUUAACGCCGCCGGAGACGGGCCCACCAGUCAGCCCCAGCAGGGACGGACACAGCAGGCAGCUCCUGGAGCCCCCAGCUUCCUGAACUUCUCAGAAAUCACCUCCACCACUCUCAAUGUGUCCUGGGGCGAGCCUGUGGCUGCCAACGGCAUCCUUCAGGGCUACCGAGUGGUGUACGAGCCCUUAGCACCCGUCCAAGGGGUCAGCAAGGUGGUAACAGUGGACAUUAAAGGAAACUGGCAACGUUGGCUGAAAGUACGGGACCUCACCAAAGGUGUGACCUACUUCUUCCGGGUACAAGCACGCACCAUCACCUUCGGCCCUGAGAUUCAAGCUAACGCCACGGCUGGUCCAGCAGAUGGCUCCCCAGGCGCCCCAAGAGAUGUCACAGUCACCAAAUCCACUUCUGAGCUGACCCUGCAGUGGACAGAGGGGAACUCGGGCAGUACUCCCACCACAGGCUUCGUCAUAGAGGCCAGACCCUCAGAUGAAGGCUUGUGGGACAUGUUUGUGAAGGACAUCCCUCGGAGUGCCACAUCGUACACCGUCCACCUGGACACGCUACGGCAGGGUGUGUCCUACGAGUUCCGCGUGGUGGCUGUAAACGAGGUGGGCUACGGGGAGCCCAGCAGCCCCUCCUUGGCCGUGUCAGGACAAGUGGAAACCGCGUUCUAUGAAGAGUGGUGGUUCCUGCUGGUGCUGGGGCUGGUCAGCCUGAUCAUCAUCCUGCUGGUGACCUUUGCCCUGGUCCUACACGGGCAGAAUAAGAAAUACAAGAACUGCAGCACAGGUAAGAACGUCUCCAACGUGGAGGAGUCUGUGACUCUGGAACUCAACAGUCGCCACCUCAAUAUCAAGAACACCUUCUCUAAGAAGAACGGGACCAGGUCCCCUCCCCGACCCAGCCCGGGUGGGCUGCACUACUCCGAUGAGGAUAUUUGCAACAAGUACAACGGGGCUGUGCUGACGGAGAGCGUCAACCUCAAAGAGAAGUCCAUGGACAUGUCUGAGUCUGAGGCCACCGACUCAGACUACGAGGACGAACCCCUGAAGCACUCCUUCGUCAACCACUACAUGAGCGACCCCACCUACUACAACUCCUGGAAACGCCGACCCCCCAGCGGCAAGGCCCCAGCACCUUACCGCUAUGAGGAGUGCGCGGUGGGCGAUCCCGGGGCACGCUUGCAGACAGUGGUCACCACGCAGAGCUCGGGCGUGUACGCGCCUGCAGGUCCGCAACCCGGAGCCCGCACGCCGCUCACCGGCUUCUCCUCGUUCGUGUGA